AUAACUUUUGAACAAUUGUUAAGGGCCGCUAUGCCUGAACCCUCCAAGUCUGCUCCAGCCCCAAAAAAAGGCUCCAAAAAGGCUAUCACUAAGGCACAGAAGAAAGACGGUAAGAAGCGCAAGCGUGGCCGUAAAGAAAGCUACUCCAUCUACGUCUACAAGGUGCUGAAGCAGGUGCACCCCGACACCGGCAUCUCGUCCAAGGCCAUGGGCAUCAUGAACUCCUUCGUCAACGACAUCUUCGAGCGCAUCGCGGGCGAGGCGUCGCGUCUGGCGCACUACAACAAGCGCUCGACCAUCACGUCGCGGGAGAUCCAGACGGCCGUGCGCCUGCUGCUGCCCGGGGAGCUGGCCAAGCACGCCGUGUCCGAGGGCACCAAGGCGGUCACUAAGUACACCAGCUCCAAGUGAGUGCCUGUGUAGGAACCUCAUCAUCCAACGGCUCUUUUCAGAGCCACCCACUUUGUCGAAAGGAAGUUCUGCCACUUUCUAACAUAAGCGAGGACAACUUGCAUAUCGGGGAUUGGGACCGAUUUAGAGCUAUUUGUCUCGGACGGUUGUUUAACGCAUCCCCAAUAAAGUAUGUUUUACGGUGUUGUAUUACCGGCUAGUUCCCCCUGCGUAAGGUUUAGGCUGCUUUUGCAACUAUUUUCCCCUCUCCCACCCAGGAUGUGUCUGAAGAAGAUUGUAAUUUUCCUACUGGACUGU